UGAGAAAGGAAAGGGCUUUUCUUUCUUCUCCUCCUUUCUUGUAUGGACUAUGCUCAUAGGGUUCAUCCAUCGACGUUAGGCAGCAAUGGGCACUGCUCCUGAAUACCGACCAAAUUAUGUUAAGCUAAAUUAUAAUAAUUCUUCGAGCGUAAGACCUCCUCCUCACAGGCGUAACAUUCCUAGGUACCAAUCAAACCAUCACCAUUCAGAUGGUGGUUGUUUAAAGUGUGUGUGCUGUUGCUUUUGCUUCUUGAUUGUUAUGAUCAUCCUUCUUGCUAGCGUUAUUGCCUUCAUUUACAUGACACUUAACCCCAAAAUGCCUGAAUAUAAUGUCGCGAGUUUCGAUGUCAAUGCUUUCAACAUGGCUCCAGAUUUUAGCCUCUAUACAGAAUUUGCCGUCACUGUGAAAGCUAACAAUCCUAACACAGACAUUUCUUUCACCUACGGCAAGGAAAGCUCUGUCGUUGUAGCCUAUUCAGACUCGACUCUUUGUUCGGGCAAGCUUCCUGCCUUUCACCAACCCGGCGUGAACACGACAAUGAUCCAAGUUGUUUUGAAAGGAAAAAGUGAGUUCGGUUCAGGACUUCAAGAAGUUCUUAUGGACAACAGGGAAACAGGAAAAAUCCCUUUGCUUGUAAUGGUAAACGCACCUGUUUCUGUGGUGCUUAAAAGUUUUCCAUUGAGAGAAGUUAUAGUUAAUGUCAACUGUUCUUUGGUUGUUGAUAACUUGUCACCCAACAAGAGAGUUCGGAUUUUAUCGAGUGAAUAUGCCUAUGCCGUUAAUGGUAUGAUGCUCCAAAUGUAACUGACUCACAUUUUUUCAUUUUCCUUCUUCAUUAACAUCUUCGAUUCCAGCUAGAAGGGAAAGGAAGAGCAGAAUGGGCUAAUAGCAUCCAUGCCAUUUGUCAUCUCUCAGAAAUGAAAUCAGAAGAGUUUUGUUCUGCACGCUAUAUUGUGUUGAUAACUGAUUAUAAAGCAAGUUUAUGUUAUGCAGUUUUAGCUUGUUCUGUGCGGGCUUUUGUUGGAAUUUAUUCUUAACUAUAUGCAUUUUGUCAGCAGUAUUG